UGGCGCGUGCGCAAGACAGAAAGGGCCCAGCGGCUGGUGGGGGUCAGUGGUGUUUUCGCCGCGGUCAAAGCCAAGACCAUGGCUCUGCGGCAGGCGCUGGGUCGGGGCCUACAGCUCGGCCGGGCGCUGCUGCUGCGCUUCUCUGCCAAGCCAGGCGCGCCUGGGGGCCUAGGGCGGGCGGAGAGGCCGGGGCCGGGCUGGGGGCUCGGGGCCCGAGGGGCAGCGGCGCGGGGAACUGUACCGGGGUCAGGGCAGGGUCUAGGCCUUCCCAGUCGCUACCACUUUUUUCGGGAGUCGGUGGCUGGGCUGGCAGCCCGCCUGCAGCGUCAGCUGGUGCUUCGGGCCCGGGGCGCCGGGGCCCCUUGCGGCCGCGCAGUCUUCCUGGCUUUCGGCCUGGGCCUGGGGCUCAUCGAGGAGAAGCAGGCGGAGGGUCAGCGGGCGGUCUCGGCCUGCCGGGACAUCCAGGAGAUUUUUACCCAGAAAAACAAGCUUAUUCCUGACCCUUUGGCAAGUAGGCGUUGGCAGGGCUUCCGACUGGAGGAAUACCUCAUUGGACAGUCCAUUGGCAAAGGAUGCAGUGCUGCAGUAUAUGAAGCCAUGAUGCCCACAUUGCCCCACAAGCAGGAACGCCCCAAGGAUGGACUUACCCCACAGGCAGAAAGCAAGCAGAAUGCUCAGCACAUGGCCACAGCCUUUCCUUUAGCUAUCAAGAUGAUGUGGAACAUCUCAGCAGGUUCCUCCAGUGAAGCCAUCUUCAGCACCAUGAGCCAGGAGCUGGUCCCAGCCAGUCGCAUGGCCCUGUCUGGGGAAUACGGGUCUGGCAUUUUCAGGAGACAAGAGAGAGGUUCUAAGCAGCUGACCCCACACCCUAACAUUAUCCGGGUACUUCGGGCCUUCACCUCAUCUGUGCCCCUACUACCUGGGGCUCUGGUCGACUAUCCUGACGUCCUUCCUCCAAAGCUGUACCCCUCAGGUCUGGGCCAUGGACGAACACUGUUCCUUGUUAUGAAGAACUACCCCUGGACCCUGCGCCAAUACCUGCAGGUGCGCCCUCCAAGCCCCCGCCUUGCCGCCAUGAUGAUCUUGCAGUUAUUGGAAGGGGUGGAUCACCUGGUUCAGCAGGGCAUCGCACACAGGGACUUAAAGUCAGACAACAUCCUAGUGGAGUUUGACUCAGCUGGCUGCCCUUGGCUGGUAAUAACAGAUUUCGGUUGCUGCCUGGCUGAUGAGAGCAUUGGCCUACAAUUGCCUUUCACCAGCUGGUACGUGGACCGGGGAGGAAAUAGCUGCUUGAUGGCUCCUGAGGUUUCCACAGCCUUCCCUGGUCCUGGAGUAGUGAUCGACUACAGCAAAGCUGACGCCUGGGCAGUAGGAGCAAUUGCCUAUGAGAUCUUUGGACUCCCCAAUCCCUUCUAUGGUCAAGGUGGGACCCAACUGGAAAGCCGAAGUUACCAGGAGGCUCAGCUUCCUGCACUGCCAGAGACUGUGCCCUUAGACGUAAGGCAGCUGGUAAAGGCCCUGCUCCAGCGAGAUGCCAGCAAGAGACCCUCUGCCCGGGUAGCAGCAAAUGUACUUCACUUAAGCCUUUGGGGUGAAAGGGUUUUAGCCCUGAAGAGUUUGAAAGCAGACAAGAUGAUUGGCUGGCUCCUUCACCAGUCAGCUGCCACUCUGCUGACUAAUCGGUUAAUAGAGGGGAACAGCAUAGAAACCAAAAUGAAAAUGUGCUUCUUGGCUAGCCUGGAGUAUGAAGCUCUCUGUCAGGCUGCAUUCUUGCUCUGUUCCUGGAGGGUAACCCCAUGAAGGCCCCAUGUCACCCAUGAUUUACUAAAAGCACUUAGCAUUCUUUUGUGUUCUAACAGUGUCUCAAGGGAACUCAAUGGCUUUGUAGGUGCAGGUGUGUGGGAAGGGGUCAGAAUUAAGAGAUGGAAUGGGGGGACCUGUGGGCUCUGAUGAGCCUUAUAGUCCUGGACUAGAUCAAGGGAGAUGUAAGCCUCAGGUUGGGUCAUUGUUGGAAGGACUGUGAAAGGGGUCAUUUCAUGAUUGGGUUUAGCUGUUAACUCUAGUUAUAUAGCCUUGGACAAGUCACUUAACCUCUAGGACUCAGCCUCCUACCCUGUAAAGUGAGAAGGAUCAGACUGAGCUGUCACUAAAAAGCCAAUUCCUUGUUGUGGGAGAGAGUAGGCCGUCCAAAGAACCUGGUCUUCAUUUCCAACAAAUGGACUUGCUUUAUUUCAGAUAAAACGUAAGGCAUCCCCAAUUUUUUUGCACCAGAGGAAGAGGCUGACCCAAUGAAUGUGAUAGAAAAAAGGCCAAGUUAGAGUUCUGUGGUUCUCAGCAUCUCAUGUUGAAAGAGUUCCACUGCACAAUUACUACGUGUACAGUGAGGUCCUGGUGCAUUUCUGCUUGAGGGGGAAACAAAAAAAUUGGCUCUUGGAGCAGCUUUCUUUAAGCUCUCUUGGCACAUCUGACAUCGCAAACAGAAACAUGUGCUGCGGUGUUUUCUUCUAAUGCCUCUUGUAGGAGUUACUUUCAAGAAUUAAAUGCAUGUUUUACAAAGGUAAAA